UAGUGGUUUUCUUGUCAAAACAAAUAUCUUGGGGAAGGUACCUGUGGUAAGAAGAAAUCAUGAUCAACAUAUCAACAUACUCUUCUGAAAUGGGGCAUUUAACCAGUGAGAUAAAUACCUCCACAGCAUUUCUUCUUUCUUAGUAGACAUUUAUUUCUCAUGAGGUUAAUUUUACCCACAAAAUGGCAGUAGUGGAUUUGAACUUGACAACCAUCAUUGACAGUAAUUUGAUGGAAAGUGACCAAACAACCAGAGUUCUCACUGGUUGCUUUCUUUCCGUCCUAAUUCUGUCCACCUUACUGGGGAACACAAUGGUUUGUGCAGCUGUCACAAAGUUCCGCCACCUGCGCUCGAAAGUCACCAACUUUUUUGUCAUCUCUCUGGCGGUGUCAGACCUGCUAGUGGCAAUUCUGGUCAUGCCCUGGAAGGCUGUGACAGAGGUAGCUGGCUUCUGGCCCUUUGGUUCAUUCUGUGACAUUUGGGUUGCUUUUGAUAUCAUGUGCUCCACAGCUUCCAUCCUGAACCUCUGCGUUAUCAGUGUGGACCGAUACUGGGCCAUAUCCAGCCCAUUUCGCUAUGAGAGGAAAAUGACUCCCAGGGUGGCCUUUGUGAUGAUCAGCAUGGCUUGGACACUGUCUGUGCUCAUCUCCUUCAUCCCAGUGCAGCUGAAAUGGCACAAGGCUCAGCCAGUGAGUUUUCCCGAUGUCAACACUUCACACGGUGCCCUGCUGAUGGAAAACUGUGACUCUAGCCUUAACAGAACAUAUGCCAUUUCCUCCUCUCUCAUCAGCUUCUACAUUCCCGUUGCCAUCAUGAUUGUGACGUACACUCAGAUUUACAGAAUCGCCCACAAACAGAUUAGAAGGAUCUCAGCACUGGAAAGGGCCGCAGAGAGUGCGAAGAUCCGCCAUGACAGCAUGGGCAGCAGCUCUAAUGUGGAUUCUGAGAGCUUGUUCAGACUGUCGUUCAAAAGGGAAACAAAAGUGCUAAAAACUCUGUCUGUUAUAAUGGGGGUAUUUGUUUGCUGCUGGCUGCCCUUUUUCAUCCUGAACUGCAUGGUGCCGUUUUGUAAGCACAGUCUGGCCAGUAGAGACACUCAUCUCCCCUGCAUCAGUCCAACAACAUUCAAUGUUUUUGUCUGGUUUGGAUGGGCAAAUUCUUCUCUUAACCCAAUCAUAUACGCCUUCAAUGCCGACUUUCGCAGAGCUUUUGCUAUCCUAUUGGGGUGCCAAAGACUCUGUCCAGGAGGCAAUAGCAUGGAGACACCUAGCCUGAACAAAAACUGAAAAGCAUCAUUCUCCUCUGUGUUAGAUCAGAGGGAACCCUCAAUGUGUGGACAGAUUGGCUAUGUGAGCCUGUGUCACACCAAACCUUUGCCAAGGAAGGCUGUUGGAAAUUGUGAGGAAAUAGAUUUGGAAAUAAAGACUCUGGGAAGAAAGCCCUCCUGCUGUGCUGGAGAGCAAGGACAGCAUCUCUGACGUUCCUAAAGCAAAACCAAUCUCUAUGUAAGCUAUACUUUCCCAAACAAUGACGCAAGGGUGGCCUGUGGGUUCCAGGUGGCUCACAGGCUAUUUAAGUUAUUGAAGCCACAAGUGACUUGCAAAAAUUAGACAAGCAAUUAUUUAAAGUCCUUCACAAAGAUAUGCAAAGCAAAGAAUGAUUAUUACAUAUACAGACAUUUGAAGAAACUAUAAAAUAAUAAUGUAUGUGAAGCUGAACUGCCGGGCAAAACUGCAAUACAAUGGAACAAAUGUUGUUACUGUAAAUGACAGCGUGGAUAAAAUGUUCUUCAAGGAAUAUUCCGGCUUUAAUAUAGCUCAAUCGACAGCAUUUGUGUCAUAAUGUUUAUAACCACAAAAAAUUAUUCAAAUAAAAAAAAAGCAAAAGUCGAGGUUACAAUGAGACAGUUAGAAUAGAAAUAAAUGGAGGGUUAAAAGGCAAAAUGUGAAGCUUGUAAUUUGGACAAGUCCAGAUUAAUUUUUGAGGAAAUCAACAUUAUGCCACAAUUCUGUCAAUAGAUCUUAACUUGUAUUGAACCCAGAAUUUUUCUUAUGUAUUCUUCAUAAUAUAUUCUUAUUCCAUCAGUAUUUGAAAUAUCAUUGAAUUAUGAACCAUUUCAGCCAUUUCUAGUAAAUUUCAGUGCAAUCAGUGUCUAAUACACCACUGCUUGAAAAUCCUCAUCCUAUCCACUCUCAUUACAUUUUCUUUACAUCUUUGCCUUAUUCAUGAGACUUUGCAUUUGUUUUUCCAAAACAAGUGGGCAGAUGGUCAGUUAUGAGAAGGCCAUCCCAUUAUUGCUGUAAUGAACAUGUAUAUUGUUCUCUG